UAGUUGAGCAUCCUUAGGUGAAUGAACUCUGGAGUGGUUCUGUUUGGCAUCAUCGUGUAGUGAUUAGCCAAGCUGUUUUCUUUAAUGCAGUAUGGAGGGAGAAAAGCAAGUGUCCAAACAAGAGGACUUUCCUUUAAACAGACUAGGCGAUAUAGAGUCUCAGGGUCAGACAGGUAAGGCCCACUGGCGCAUGGAUAUGAACCACUAUGCGACUAAGAAGAGCGCUGCCCAGAGCAUGCUGGAUGUGGCUCUGCUGAUGGCCAACUCCUCUCAGCUGAAGACUGUGCUGCAUGAAGGGCCUGAAUACCGAUUCUACAUCCCUCUCAUUGCUCUCAUCGUCCUGUCCAUCACCCUGCAGGUCAUUGUUGGCCUGCUCCUAAUAUUCACUGUGAAGUAUAAUUUGAAUGACAAGAGGAAGCUGCCUAAACUCAAUAUGAUGAACAACAUGACCACCAUGUUUGUCUUCUUUAUCGUUCUUAUCAAUGUCUUCAUCACCGCCUUGGGAUUUGACUCUGGUCAUGCCUCAUGAUGGUGCAUGAUGCUCAUUCUCAGACUGAUCUCCGUGGUCCUGCUUAACUUCUUUGAGUUCACAUUCUAC